AUGUGGAACUGUAUGCCAUUUCCGUGCAGCCGCAAGGCGAGGCGGCCUGAUGAGGACUCAAGUGGGAACCAUCGCACUGAGAACAGCGAGACUGCAAGACCUGCUGAGAGACGUUCGCUCAUCGCGCGCUUUAGGAGAUUCAUGUCUAAGAGGAGGCAAGGCAAAAUGGGUGGAACCAACAUUACCCACCUCAUCACUGAGAGCAGGAAGGAUUCCAUGCUAUCCUGUGUGGAUCUCCCAGCCUUAAUACAGGCCUCACAUGAUGCUCCUGACAAAGAACCUGGUAGAGACCAGGAAGUGCGCUCACCUGCAAAAUCCAAUAUGGUGCAGGCAUCGACCAGCGACCUGUUCAGCUGUCUAAUGGAGUUCCUCUGCCGCAGGUGUAAAGAAUUCGUGGAGUUAUCACCAACAUAUAUUGCUCUAUGGAUAACCGCUGUAGACAGCUUCCUCUAUCAAUACUGGCGGAAUGUCAGUUUCAUCACUCCGACCAAUCUAGUGUUUCUCUACAUGCUCUGCCGAGAGGUCAUGUCAUCCGAGCUGCUCAGCGAGUGGGAGCUAAUAGCAAGUCUAUCAACAUGUCUGUAUGUAUCCUAUGCAUACGUGGGCAGUGAGCUCUCCUACCCACUGAUGCCGUUCCCUGUUGAAUGCUCGAAGGAAGCCUUUUGGAAUCGUUGCCUCUAUGUUAUCAACCUAAUGAGUGCAAAGAUGCUCCGCUUCCAUGCUGACCCCCAGUAUUUUGCCCAGGUCUUUGAGGAUCUUAAAGCUGAGGGUGGACAGCAGGAUAUUACAUCAGCUUAAAAUCAUACUGGACAGGCCCCGUUACCAAAACCGGCGGUGCGGCCUCAAAAGUGGAUCAGCCUCCCAUCAGAGGUGGUAGAGGCUAACAGUAAACAGUAACUGUGGUGAGCGUUGAUGAAAAUUCUGUUGCCAUGAAUUAAAGCAACAGCUCUGGCUUGAGAACCAUAAAGUAGCUCAAAUUCAGGCUUGGGAACCUAAGGCAAAAGAAACCCCAUUUCAGGCUUGGGAACCUAAGGCAAAAGAAACCCAAUUUCAGGCUUGGGAACCUAAGGCAAAGAAACCCAAUUUCAGGCUUGGGAACCUAAGGCAAAGAAACC